GGCGCAACUGCUGCUACCCGGGAAGGGGGCUCACUCCGAGUUGCAAGGGGAGGUAAUUUACUCAGAACAAGGGGCCGCCUUUAGGAAGUAUAAAUAGUGAGACUUCAAGCGCAGCGUCGCUAUCAGAUCUGAACUCUCCGCUGGAAGAAUUGUCAAAGAUCUUAACAUUGAACAAGCGCGCUCAGGCAGGGAAGCAUCAGUUCCCAUUUCCCUCCGGCGGCUCCCGCCCCUCCUCUUCUCCUCCUUCUCCUCCUCUUCCUCCUCCUCCCCCUCCUCCUCUUCCUCCUCCUCCUCUUCUUACUUCUUUUUUCUUCUUCUACUUCUCCUCUUUCUUCUUUCUUCUCCUCUUUUUCUUCUUCUUCCUCUUCCUUCCUCUCCUCCCCCACCUCCUGUCCCAUUGAUGUGUUAUUAUUGGGGGGGCUGGAGCAGUAAAAAAAGAAGAAGGAAAAAAAGAGCAGGGCUCGGCUGGGAGCGGUUGAGCGCGGGGCUGACGGGCGGCGGCGGCGAUGGAAGAACUUACGGCGUUCGUCUCCAAGUCUUUUGACCAGAAAGUGAAGGAGAAGAAGGAGGCGAUCACGUACCGAGAGGUGCUGGAGAGCGGGCCGCUGCGCGGGGCCAAGGAGCCCACCGGCUGCGCGGAGUCGGGCCGCGACGAACGCAGCAGCCCGGCAGUCCGGGCGGCCGGCGGAGGCGGCGGCGGAGGAGGAGGAGGCGGAGGCGGAGGAGGCGGAGGAGGUGCAGGAGGAGGAGGAGCAGGCGGAGGAGCUGGAGGAGGGCGCUCUCCCGUCCGGGAGCUGGACAUGGGCGCUGCCGAGAGAAGCAGGGAGCCGGGCAGCCCGCGGCUUACCGAGGUGUCCCCGGAGCUGAAGGAUCGCAAAGAGGAUGCGAAAGGGAUGGAGGACGAAGGCCAGACCAAGAUCAAACAGAGGCGAAGUCGGACCAAUUUCACCCUGGAACAACUCAACGAGCUGGAGAGGCUUUUUGACGAGACCCACUAUCCGGAUGCCUUCAUGCGCGAGGAACUGAGCCAGCGGCUGGGGCUGUCGGAGGCCCGAGUGCAGGUUUGGUUUCAAAAUCGAAGAGCUAAAUGUAGAAAACAAGAAAAUCAACUCCAUAAAGGUGUCCUCAUAGGGGCCGCCAGCCAGUUUGAAGCUUGCAGAGUCGCACCCUAUGUCAAUGUAGGUGCUUUAAGGAUGCCAUUUCAACAGGAUAGUCAUUGCAACGUGACGCCCUUGUCCUUUCAGGUUCAGGCGCAGCUGCAGCUGGACAGCGCUGUGGCGCACGCGCACCACCACCUGCACCCACACCUGGCCGCGCACGCGCCAUACAUGAUGUUCCCAGCGCCGCCCUUCGGACUGCCGCUUGCCACGCUGGCCGCGGACUCGGCCUCCGCCGCCUCGGUUGUGGCAGCUGCCGCCGCCGCUAAGACCACCAGCAAGAACUCCAGCAUCGCCGAUCUCAGACUGAAAGCCAAAAAGCACGCGGCCGCCCUGGGUCUGUGA